UUGUUUUGGUGGGGCCACACUGACUUUUGGCUUGCUAUUGUUUACAUUCAUUUAUUUCGACUUCUUAUUUGUUGGAGGAUACACACAAGAAGCUAAACCUUAAAAGACUACUCCUCCUAAAAAAAAAAAAGAAAACACGGAAUCUCAUUAGUCCAGUGGAUUGGUCAGUUUCCCAGACUUUUUUGAGAUGGCUGAUGAUCCAGAAAACUCAGUGGAUAGACCCACAGACGACGGAGAUGCCAGCAAACCGGAAAAGAUGUUUACGCUGAAGAAAUGGAAUGCAGUUGCAAUGUGGAGUUGGGAUGUGGAAUGCGAUAUCUGUGCCAUUUGCCGAGUUCAAGUUAUGGAUUCCUGCCUUCGUUGCCAGGCGGACAACAAGCGGGAUGUGAUGGGUCGCCAGGACUGCGUGGUGGUUUGGGGCGAGUGCAACCACUCCUUUCACCACUGCUGCAUGUCGCUGUGGGUCAAGCAGAACAACCGAUGCCCGUUGUGCCAGCAGGAGUGGUCCAUCCAGCGCAUGGGAAAAUAA